UGAUAAGAAGCUGCCAGUGGCUGUGUGUCCUUCUCUUUAUUACACCAGCAGUUGUGUUUGCAUUUGGCUUUGAUUUCAUCCUGUUUUGUGCUGAGGCUUGAAGCAUGGUUCCAGACAUAGAGAGAAUUAUUGAGAGCAUCGUCCGCAGAGACCAGGACAGCGUGCAGCUUCUGCUCAACAGCUACAACACACAGUAUGCAGAGUGCUUCUUUUUCAACACUGAGGCACAGGAGAGGCAAAAGCAGCAACAACUGGAAGAGUUCAGGAAGAAAAAAUUCAGGGACUGUGCUCCUGCUUCCGACUCUGACAUUGACUCAGAUGAUGAGAAUGCAGAGCUUCUGCUCCGGCAGGAUCUGUCUGCAGCCCUGUUGUGCUUCAUUGGUAGUCAGCUACAGCCGGCGGUUUUACGGGUUUGCCUGCAUACACUGCGUAUCCUGUCCCGUGACCGUAGGGCCCUGGGGCACAUGGUCACUGAUAGUGCCCUUCUCACAUUAGCACACAUGGGAGGCAUCGCCAUACCACAGACAUGCCUACAGCAAGAAAAUCAGGAAGCUGAAGGUGACGUGGGCAGAUCAUGCAGCACAACCCAUAUUAGAGCUGUGAGUAGUUGUGAGCAGGGUGCAGAAGCUGGCACUGCCCCGUCUGGGUGCUCUGUGGUUUCAUUUUCUGUUCUUGCUGAAGGAGCUGUCUCUCCAGCCACACGUGGUUCAGUGAAUCACUGCUAUCAGCAGAAACAUGAUGGAGCGCAUGUGGCGCUCUCCCGUGGCAAAAAAGACACCCAACAAGAUAACAGUGAGGAACAAGAGGAGGAUGGAGAGGUGUGCAGGAAGGAAGCCUUGAAAGUCUUGUGUAAUGUCAUCUACAACAGCCCCCGGGCACAGGAGAGAGCCAGUGCACUAAGGCUAUUGCAAGGUUUGUGGGAGAGUCUGAAGGAGGAGAUCUGGAGUAAAGUGCCACUCAGCUGCCACUUUUACAAGCUGAGGCUACUCUUCUUACUCACAGCCCUGAGACCUGAACUCAGGCUGCAGCUGCAACAGGAGCGGGGAGUGUCACUGCUGACCAAAGCCUUGGAGCAGUGCCUGGCUGUGAGCUGGGGUGUGGAAUAUGAGGUGCUUACCGACAGUAAACAACCUCCCAUUUCCAUGGAGGUGUCCCAGAAGGUCAUUGAGAUCCUCAAGACACUCUUCAACAUCACUCACAUGUUCCACAGGCAGGAGCCUGAUGAGGAAGAUGCCGCCCUGUAUCGACACCUAGUGGCUGUGCUGCGCCAUUGCCUGCUCCUGUCAUGUGAAGGAGAAGACACAUUAGAAGAACUCCAAGGGCACACGGUGAAUGUCCUGUCAGCAUUGCCACUGACAUGUCUGGAUGUCCUGGUGUCUGUCCAGGUGGACCAAGCAUCCCAUAAGUGCGAGGGGGUCAACAUGGACUGUGUCCACAAAUUGUUGCUCUUUAUGAACAGACGGCUAAACAGGGCAAGUGAAUAUGUGGUGAAGGAAACACAUGUUGUGACUGCAUAGGUUAGUUUGACAACAUGACUGAUACGGAUAUCAGUGCUGGUAUGUUUUGUCUGAUGAGCUUUACAGAUGAAAAUGAAAAAUCAGGAUCAACUUUAAGAUUUCCUGAAGUAACAAAUAAUUAAACCUUAACUAAACCAUACCCGGAAAGCCUUCUUUUCUAUAACCGAGGAUUAUAGAAAAGAUGGCUUGCCAGAAUUGUUAUCAUCUACUAAAACCUAAAUACAGAAUGGUUGAACCAUUAUGCAAAGUAGGUAUUUUUCGUGAUACACAAAAUAUCUACUUCACUAACUUUAAAAUAAAAUGAUUCUGAAAAGCAGAAGCUUUAUCUCCUUGUAUUACACCUGCAAGGAAUCUUUUGUUUGCCUACAACAGCUUGACAGUGAAGGAUUUUCAUUAUUUCAUCAGAAUGAUGUCAUCCCUAUAGCAUGGUUAUGGUUACAGCGGUUAUUGACAGAUUAUAUUGCUUAUUUAUUUAAUAGAUAAUAAAAAGUAACUAACCGAUCCAAAUUGGAUCUCUUACUUUACCAAA